AUGAGCUCAGUACGAAGUGUUCUUUCUCUACUAAGUAUCGCAUUGUCCUGGGCAAUGAGCGCUUCCGCACCCCUGCCGGAGUCUUCUGGAGAUCCAGAACUGCACCAGUUUAUCCAGAAAAACCGGGAAUUUGUCUUCAGGAUAAAAGAGGAUGUUGCUAAGAUCAGAAAGCUCAUGCGUAAAGAGUUUAAGCUUGGCAGCGACGAUGAGCUGAUGCUGAUGCAGGAAUUCCUGGCCAUUCCACAAGUGGAUCUCUCCCAGUGCCACUCCGACCCCUGCGACAUGGCUGGCUGUUUCAACCAGAUAAGGGCAGGCCUUCACACCUACCAUGGCUACUUUGCCCACAUAAAAGAGAUCCUGCCGAGUUUCGCUGCCCAGAUGGAGGGUCUCCAGGUGGAUGUGUCAAACCUGUCGUCCAACCUCCAACAACAGAUGCAAGAAAGUGGGAUGACAGUAGUCGCCUACCCCCAUUUGGAAGGCCAGGCCCUGCCUUCCUUUCUGCAAAGUGAAAGGCAAGUUGGAAGCUAUCUUGUCCUCAGACACUUCCAGAAAUUCCUUGAGAUGACCCUCCGGGCCCUGCGGCAUUGCAGUUCAUAA